AUGCCAUUUGGUCAGAUUGUUAUAGGGCCUCCAGGUUCAGGGAAAUCCACAUAUUGUGAUGGUGUUGUACAAUUUUUCAAUGCCAUCGGAAGAAAAUCAGCAGUUAUAAAUCUAGAUCCUGCUAAUGAUAGACUAUCUUAUGAUUGUGAAUUAGAUAUCAGAGAUUUCAUCACACUAGAGGAUAUUAUGGAAGAGGAAAACUUAGGUCCGAAUGGGGGAUUAAUGUAUGCUUUAGAAUCACUUGAUGAUUCAUUAGAUUUACUUAUAAAGAAAAUAACAAAAAUUUCACAACAAUCAUAUAUUUUAUUUGAUUGUCCUGGUCAAGUUGAAUUAUUUACUCAUCAUUCAUCAUUACAAAAAAUUUUCAAAGCUUUAGAGAAACAAUUAGAUAUGAGAUUUUGCGUUGUUAGUUUAAUUGAUUCUUAUUAUUUAACAAGUCCUGCACAAUAUAUUUCAGUUUUAUUACUUGCCCUACGAUCAAUGUUACAAUUAGAUUUACCUCAUGUGAAUGUUUUCAGUAAGAUUGAUUUAGUAUCAAAUUAUGGUGAAUUACCAUUUAGUCUAGAUUAUUAUACAGAAGUUCAAGAUUUAUCAUAUUUAAAACCACAUAUUGAACAAGAAUCAAAUUCAGUCUUGGGUAAAAGAUAUCAAAAAUUAACAAAUUAUAUUGCUGAAUUAGUGGAAGAUUUCAAUUUAGUCUCAUUUGAAGUAUUAUCAGUAGAAGAUAAACAAUCAAUGAUUAAUCUUUUAACAGUUAUAGAUAAAGCUAAUGGUUAUAUGUUUGGUACUACGGAAGUUGGUGGUGAUACCAUUUGGGCAGAAGCUACAAGACAAGGUGGUAUGACAGAAGUUGAUAUUCAAGAUAGAUGGAUUGAUAACAAGGCUAAAUAUGAAGCUGAAGAGGCAAAAAGACAAAAAGAAUUGAUGGAAGAAGCUGAAAAUCAAGCAGAUUUAUUUGAAUAA